GCGUCGCGGGGAUAUGCCGAGCCAAACGGCUGCGAUCUGAUCCCUUCCUGUGGCCUCUGAGCUCGAGCGAGUGUCCGCCAGGGCUUCCGCGUCUUCAGCCGUCUCAUCUCGAAACCCCGCGUUCCCGCGCCCAGGCCGCCCGGGAGCAUGGGCUACGCGCCGACAGCCGGCGCAGCCCUGAUGCUGUGCGCCGCCACCGCGGGGUUGCUGAGCGCGCAAGGCCGCCCCGCGCCGCCGGAGCCCCCGCGCUUCGCGUCCUGGGACGAGAUGAACGUGCUGGCACACGGGCUGCUGCAGCUCGGCCAGGGGUUGCGCGAGCACGUGGAGCGCACCCGCGGGCAACUGGGCGCCCUGGAGCGGCGUCUGGACGCGUGCGGGGCCGCCUGUAAAGACUCUGGGGGGUCCAACGCCUCUCCGCAAGCCCAAGCGAGCCAGGAUCCUGGCAGCGAGGCCGCGCCCGAGACCCUGCGCAGCCUGCAGAUGCAGCUCAAGGCUCAGAACAGCAGGAUUGAGCAACUCUUCCAGAAGGUGGCCCAGCAACAGCGGCACCUGGAGAAGCAGCACCUGCGAAUCCAGAAUCUGCAGAGCCAGGUGGGACUCCUGGCUUCCACGCGCCCGGACGAUGGGGUGGCCAAGCCUGCCAGGAGGAAGAGACUCCCCAAGAUGGCUGGGCAUGUUGGCUCCGCUCACAAUAACAGCCGCCUGUACGGGCUUCCCCGGGACUGCCAAGAACUGUUUGAGGAUGGGGAGCGGCAUAGCGGCUUGUUCCAGAUCCAGCCUCAGGGUUCCCCACCGUUCGUGGUCAACUGCAAGAUGACCUCAGAUGGAGGCUGGACGGUAAUUCAGAGGCGCCAGGAUGGCUCUGUGGACUUCAACCAGCCCUGGGAAGCCUAUAAGGCGGGCUUCGGGGACCCCCAAGGCGAGUUCUGGCUGGGCUUGGAGAAGGUGCACCUCAUCACAGGGGACCGCAGCAGCCGCCUGGCUGUGCAGCUACGUGACUGGGAGGGCAACGAUGAGUCGCUGCAGUUCCCUGUCCACCUGGGGGGCGAGGACACGGCUUACAGCCUGCAGCUCACGGCGCCCGUGGCCAGCGAGCUGGGUGCCACCACCGUUGCGCACAGUGGCCUCUCCCUGCCCUUCUCCACUUGGGACCAGGACCACGACCUCCGUGGGAACAAGAACUGUGCCAAGAGCCUGUCUGGUGGCUGGUGGUUUGGCACCUGCGGCCACUCCAACCUCAAUGGCCAGUACUUCCGGUCCAUCCCCCGAGAGCGGCAGCAGCGUAAAAAGGGCAUCUUCUGGAAGACCUGGCGGGGCCGCUACUACCCACUGCAGGCUACCACCAUACUGAUCCAGCCCACGGCGGCCACAGCGGCCUCCUAGUCUCCUCACUGGGGCCUGGUCUCAGGCUCCCAGGGGACAGUGACUCUGACUCCAGGCCAGGAUGUGGCCACUCUGGGCCCAGGCAGGGGUCCCAGAGAGGGGCCUUGUGGAGAGAGAAGCAAUCCAGGACUGGCAGAGCCCCUUUUCUGCAUGGGGGUGUGCAUGCAUCGCCCUCCAAGAUGGGCAGGGUUGUGGGGCUGCAGGACGCAUACAAGACCCUGUACGCUGGGACUGUGGGACUGAGGGGCAUUGAGUUCCACUCCUCGCCCGCCCGAGGAGUGGGGAACAAAGAGGGACCAUGCAGGGGUGGCCAGGCCAGCCCUUGAUGGCGGACUCAGUCACAUUGACUGGCUGGGGGACCAGGGCCCCCUGUGGGUCCUGGGUACCCCCACGGUGCUACUGUGUGGG